AUGGAUACUAGUUGGAUUGACUUACGAAAAGGGGAUACCCGUUAUUAUAACGGUUGCAUGGAAUUUUUAGAGGUUGCAAAGGAGACUCUUCUAAAGGGAAAAACUCGAUGCCCGUGUAAUAAAUGCAAGUUAAAUAAAUGGUUUGACUUAGGCGAGGUAGGAGGACACAUUUUAUUUAACGGUUUUUAUAAGAAUUAUAGGCAAUGGAUUUUCCAUCGUAGAGUUGAAGUGAGUAAUACCUUAGAGAUCCCUAAUGAUCAAGAAAAUGUAGUUGGUCGAGAUGAUAUGAAUGGGUUACUAAGAGCAGCUUUUAAGGUUGACAAUAGUCCACAACCCACCAACAAACCCCAAGACCCAUCAUUAAGUGAAGCUAAUUUUGAAGAUGAAUAUUCGUAUGACAUGCAUGAAGAGUUAAAUUUUGAAUGUGAGGAAGAUGAUGAAUUUCCAUCAACCAACACCAAUGAAGAAGAAGCGAAGUAUAAACGACUUAGGGAAGCUUCUGAUGAGGAUGCAUUUCCUUAUAUUAAGGAGUUUCCAUCGUCGUAUUACGAAGGCAUAAAGAUAAUGAAUGAUUUGGGAUUGGGUUACGAGAAAAUCCAUGCAUGUCCGAAUGAUUGUAUGUUAUAUUGGGGAGAAUUUGCAGGAAAAAGUGAGUGUCAUAUCUGCCACAGAUCAAGGUGGAAGAAUGUGAAAGAAAAGGAGGGUGAGAGUAGUGUGAAAGACAAAGGAACAUGUAAGAAGGGUGUUCCAGCUAAAGUGAUGCGGUACUUUCCUCUGAUCCCUAGACUAAAGAGACUUUACAUGUCAUCUAAAACAGCAGAGGACAUGAGAUGGCAUUUUGACCGCAAGGAUGGAAAUAUCAUAAGUCACCCGGCGGAUGGUGAAGCUUGGAAAAUGUUUGAUAAAAGAUAUUAG